AUGGAAGGGCGGGGCGCCCAGACCCGGCCGACCACGCGUCGCUCCAACAGGGCCGGGGUCGGUGAAACGCGUGAGGAAGAGGAAGGGGUGCGGGACGCCCAGCAGCCGCUGCGUGCCCGGCGCAACUCCCGUCCGAAUGCGCCGGGGGAAGAGGAAGAGGAGGAGGGGCGGCACGCCACGCCGCGCUCCUGCCGCGGGCCCAAGAGAGCCCUGCGUAGCUCGGGUGAGGAGGAGGAGGAGGAAUGGGUGUCAAGCGCCCCACCUCGGUCUGGCGGGUACGACCGGGGGAAAAAGAAGGAACCGUCUAGCAUCCAGUUCCGGCGCACCAAGCGCAGCGGCCGCGGGAAUGGUGGAGGGGAGGAGGAGAAGGACGAUGGGGAAGCGGUGCCAAGCGCCACGCCUAGCUCCCGCCCACGGCCCAGGCGUGACCUGCGCAGCUCCAGUGGGAGGGCUUUAGAGGAGCUGGGAGAGAAAGAGGAGGACGAAGAAGAAGAAGGGGAGGAACGGGUGCCCAGCGCCACGCCUCGCUCUGGCCGGUGCGCCCCUGGGGAGAAGGAAGCGCGGAGUAUCCAGUCCCAGCACGCCAAACGCAGUGGCCGCCGGAAUGCUCGAGGUGAAGAACAGAACGAAAAGAAGGAGAAAGUGGUGCCAAACGCCACACCUAGCACCUGCCCCAGACCCGGGCGUUUACUACACAACCCGGGUGUAAGCGCUCGGGAAGAGGAAGGAGAGGAGGACGGAGGGGAAGCGGAGGAAAAGGUGCGUAGCGCCAUGCCUCGCUCGGGCCGGUACACCCUUGGGAAGGAGAAGGAGAAGGAGAAGGAAGCACGAAGCACCGGAUCCCAGCGCAGCUCUGCCAAGGACACCCAGGAGGAGAAGGAAGCGCCGAGCAUCCAGUCCCCGUUCACCAAGUGCAGUGGCCGCAGGAAUGCUGCAGGAGAGGAGGAGGAGGAAGAGGAAGAGGAAGCGGUGCCCAGCACCACGCCUCUCUCGGGCAGGUACACCCCAGGGAAGGAGAAGGAACCACGAAGAACCGGACCCCAGCGUACCAAGCGCAGUGACCGCAGGAACGCUGGAGGAGAUGGGGAGGAAGUACGGAGCUCCAGAUCUGGGCGGGCGGAGCACAGCACCGGCAAGAACGCACAGGGGGACCAGGAGGAUGUGCGGGCCAAGCGCAACACCAGAGUCUUCCAGAAUGCUCUGGAGGAGGACGAGGUGGGCAUCCGAAAGACAGGUUCUCCAGGCAGCAAACUGAGCUUAAGCAAGUACACCCGGGAAAAAAAGGAGGAAGAAGGGCACGACUACAGUGCUUUGCAUACCAAGCAAAGCACUGGUCGGGACUUGAAUCUUGGAGAGGAAGAGGAGGAAGUGCGGGGCACAGGGGCCGUGCGCCCCAGGCGCGGCACUGGCGGGGAUGCAAAAGUUCGGAGCGCCACAAGUAGUAGCACGGGCAAGAAGGCCCAGGGACAGAGGGAGGCGGCCUCGGAGCUGGGCGCCGGGUCCCUGCGUGCCGGGAGUAACGCUAGAGGGGAUGUGAAAGUGAGGGAGGAAGAGAAGCAUGUAUUGGACUCCUGGGCCCGGAGGCCGUCGGCGUCUGCCCCUGGCAAGUACGUGGUUGGAGGGGAGGAUGGGAAGGCGCCACGCAUCAGAGAGACCACGCACCAAGCUGGUGCUGGAGACGAAGUGCGGACUGGCACGUCGGGCAACAUAGGGAAGGAGAAGCUGGUGCGGAGGUCACAGCGGCCAGCUCCCGACCUGAGCGGGGACGCUGAAAACGGGGACGGCAGCGCCCAGGGGGCUUUGACCAGUAGUAGCAGAGAUGAGUCCCCUCCUGCUUCCUCCUAUGGGAAAGAGAGUGGAGAAGAAGAGAAAAGGGAAGAGGAUGAAGACUGCAAUAUGAUCCGACAGCUGCUCAGACUAAAGGAUCAGAUUAAACAACAGCUACUGGAAUAUAAGGCAGAGGUUGAAGCAAGUAAAGAGAGUUCUACAGAAGAAUUCACAGAAGGCAGCUUAGUUCAAAGGAUUGAAGAUCUAGAAAAGAAAAUGGAAGGGGUGAAGAUUGAGUUAGAAAUGAAAACUCUAGCUUUAAAAAGGGUCCAGGUUGCACACGCCCUUCAGAAAAAACUGGAAAUGAACGACAGUGAAUCUGAAUCAAUCUUGGCAAUUUUGAAAAAAAUUUUAACUACUAAUAGUUCAAUACUGAAAGCACAGGAGCAAACUCAGAAGCUGGAGGAGAAAAUGCUUGAAAUUCAGAAGAACAGAUUACUGCUUAAAAAAGCUGGGAAAGAGAAGUUACUAGAAAUACAGUCUGAGAAUAAAAAGAAAAAAGAUGAAUUAAACCUCCUGGAAAAUAGUGCAUCGCUAAUUAAAAUAAAGAAAAGCCUACAAAAGGAAAUAGAUACAACUACCAUUAUUCAAAAUGUUUUUCAGCACAUCGUCAUGGCAGCGAAGAUCGACUGGGCAGCAGAUGCAGACUUAAAGGCCCUUAUUUUGCAGCUUGAGAAAAACUUAAAUUCCAUUUGAAAAAUUAUACUUGUUUACAUUCAAUUAAAUAGUAAAUUUCAGGAGAAACUAUAUUUUUGCCACUAUUUGAACAAUUCAGAUUCUUAAAACAUUUGUUUCAGUAACAGUAACUUCAGAGCCAUUGUGUCAGUUGUUAAAAUGACAUUGUGUCACUGAAUUCGAGAUCUUUGAGUUAGAAGCAUUCCUUAAGGUAAAGUCGAACUUCUCACCUAAUAGAGGAAUCUUCUUUAUAAAAUCUGCUAUAGAUGGUAAUCUAGUCAUUGUGUGAACCCUUACAAUGACUAAGCACUUGCUACCUCAUCAGACAAUCUACUCCAUAUCCAAGUAGCCCUGGUUGUUAUUCCUUGGCAUAUUGUUUAUUGACUAUUCUAGAAAAUAGUGGUUAUAUCCCACUUUAAAAGCAGUACAUUUUCCAAAAUACUGAUCUUUUUAUGGUAUUUAAAACUUCAAUAAA